AUGAGCGCGGAGUCCGCCGUCCUGGCGGCGGCGUUCCAGGCUGAGCUGUCCAAGCGGAUCAACGCGCUGCCGCACCGCCCCGUCGGCGUGCAGUGGCUGCCCGCGGAGAAGCGAUACGAACACCUGAAGGCCGCCCGGCAGGUCAACGACAGCGUCCAGUACUACGUGGCCAAGCUCCCCGACCACGUCUACGUCCCUAUCCUCCUCGACAGCGGCGACGCGCUGCUCAAGAAGGGCGAAUGGGCCGUCGCGGACAUCACCUGUUACCGCGUCGUAAGCAAGCUCGGGCUCCACGGCCGCAAGUACGGCCCGACGAACCUGACCGACGUGCAGCGCAUCGCCGGCGCCGUCCGCGCGCGCAUGGGCCAGGCGGUGUGUCGCCUUUCCAUCUGUCAGGAUGAGGACCCCAACUUCCACUCCCCCCACACCCUCCCGACCGUCGAGGCCGCGCUCCACGCCCUCCGCGACGCCAUCACCCUCGCGCUGCGCUACGAGGACCUCUACUGGCUCGUCCUCAACGGCACUGUGCACACGUAUCGCGCCGCGAAGCCCCUCGCUGCGCGCGGACACGCACGGGAGGCCCUGGCCCCGAUCGUACACUGCGUGCUGGCGCUGGAGGCUAACAUCCGACUGGCGCUGCCGCGGUUCCUGCCGUGGCGCGCGACGCUCUACUCGCUCGCGACGCGCUGCCUGCUCGACCUCGGCGACGCCAAGGCCGCCGGCGCGCUCGUCCAGUCGGGCAUCGAGAGCAUCAACGACUUGGUGCAGAUUCAGAACCUCGACCCCGUGCCGUGCCCGCCGGAGGUCGCCGCGGCGUACGCGGCGGCUCUGCGGCGGCUGCGCGUGCUGCAGCUCGCCGCGCAGCUCUCGGCGGCGCCGGAGGACGGCGGCGUGGCGGCGAGCAGCGAGGACAUCCUGUCGCGGUGUGCCGCUGCGGGGGACGCGGACGGGCGCGCGGGGACGAUCGAGGCGAUGCUGGACGCGCUGCAGAAGUCGGAGCGGCGGCUGACGGACCACGCGCCGCCCGCGGAGGGGUCGCGGGAGGCGGCGCUGCUGGAGGCGCUGCGGAGCGUGCUGGCGCCGCUGGCGCAGGAGAUCGUGAGGGGGUGCGAGACGCGCGCGACGGCGCCGGAGGAGGAGGAUGCGGCGGCGGAGGACGCGAAGGAGCCGGCGCCCGCGGACGGCGCGGAGGAGGGGGGGGGCGACGAGACCCCCCCUGAGCUGACGGAGGCGCAGAAGGCCAUGCAGGCGGGCGCGGCGGCCGAGGCGGACCUGUCCGAGUGGCUCCACGGCCGCGCGCUGGUCGCCGCGUACGCCAACGACGCGUGGGACCUCUUCCAGGACCUCACCUCCGCCGCACAUGCACGCCUGGGCGAGCACGCGGCGGAGGGCCUCCCGCCGGGCGGCACGCUCCCGGUCGUGCUCGGGCUGCUCGAGGGCAUGCACGCCGUCGACGGCGAGACGCACGCGGCGCCGGACACCCCCUCCGCGGACGCAGACGCCCCCGCGACGCCCCCGCCGCGCCGCGCCCCCGACACGAGCGGCAACGGCGACGCGGCGCGCGCCGCGGCGCUCGAACGCAUCGAGCCGCUCCGCGAGGCCAUCGAGCAGCACAGCGACCGCGCCAUCAGCGCCGCGCCGGACCUCCUCCUCGACGCCGUUGGCCUCCUCUACAGCUCCCUGGAGGGGGCCAUCCGACGGUACUUCACGGUGGACUCCGUGCGCUGCGAGCCGCUCGAGCUCGCGCUGCGGACGCUGGACCACGCGUACUGCCACCUGGACCACCACGACCCGAUGCUGUCGCUCAGCGUGGCGAUGAAGCUGGCGGUGUCGCAGGGCGAGGGCGGGAAGCUGAAGAACGCGAUCGCGGUGCUGCAGCGCGCGAAGUGGCGCGCGGAGAUCGCGCGCGAGCGCUGGAUCGCGGCGCGCGACGGCAUGGAGUGCGAGGCGACUCUGUGGCCCACAGCGUCGCGCUCGCAGCCCGACGCCGCGACGCGCGAGCUCGUCGCGAGCAUGCCCGAGGCGGAGCAGUUCUUCGCGUGCAUGCACGCCGACCUCCUCAGCCUCCUCGGCCGCCUGCGGCUCCAGCAGGGCGUCAAGGACCAGAGGGCGGCGGCGCAGCGCCGCCAGGAGACUCUCAUCGACACCAUCGACCGGCGCGACAAGGAGUCGAUGAUCUGGGGCGCGCGGACGGAGAAGGAGCGCCGCGUGGACGCGCAGCGCGUGCAGAAGGCGAUCGUCACGCCGGUGAACCCCGUCGCGGCCGAGAAGGAGCUGUUGGCUGACGCGGGGGACUCGCUGUACGAGCGCGCGGUGGCGCUGAUCGAGAUGGCGCCGUUCCAGGGCGCGGUGGAGCGGCAGGCGCAGCUGCUGCAGCAGGCGCACGAGUGUCUGCUGCGCGCGGAGGCCGCGGAGAACGAGUUCAUCGCGCUGGCGCACCGCGCGGCGCCGCAGGAGCGGCUGAGGGUGCCGCCGUCGCCGGUGGUGCUGAGCCGGACGACGCGGAGCGUGCGGAUCGCGUGCCCGGAGUUCCGCGCGAAGGGCGCGAAGCCGACGCAUUUCGCGGUGUACGGCAAAUCACGCGGCGCCGGGACGGGGCUGAGCAUCAACUCGACGGCCGCGGAGCUCGACGGGCUCGGGGAGCCGGUGCGAAUCGGCGAGGAGGUCACCGUGUCCGGGCUCACGCAGAACACGGCGUACAACUUCGCCGUCGCGUGCUACACGGCGUCCGGCGAGCUCUACGGGGAGCUGGGGGAGCCCACGCCGGUGCUGCCUGCGGCGCUCCCGCUGCCGCUGCUGCAGCUGCACGGCUACGUCGGGCUCAUGGGGCACCGCCUCGGGCUGCUCCACCCGCUCAAGAUGGCCGUCAACUCCAUGUCUGCCCACUUCUUAUUGCAGCGCGACGCCCGCCCUAUCUGGGAGGCCAAUCCCGUGGACUCCGUGAGCCUGAACAAGGACACCGUGGCCAUCGCGACGCCGCCGCUCCUGCGGUCCUUCGUCCUGCUGCUCUACGCGUCCGCCGGGGAGUCGCAGCCGCGGGCGGACCCCAAGGUGCCGCGCGUAGGUCUCGCGGACUCGGCGACGAUCCGUCCGCUGCCGUACGGCGCGCCGGCGAUCGACGGGCAGCUGCGGCAUCUGCGGCUGUCGCGGAAUCUGCUCAUCGGGAUGCAGGUCGCGUCGAUGAUCGGCGACCAGCGGCUGAUGUGCGAGGGCGGCGUGCGGGUGAACAACCACCUGGCGCCGCUGCUGGCGGUCCGCGGGCGCCCGCAGCUGCUCACGAAGGCCGUCGCGCAGUGCCACGCCGCGCUGCAGCUCGUCACGGACACCGGCCUCGAGCUCGCGCGUGAGGCGAUGCCCGCUGCCGCGCAGGUGGCCCUGCACAGCAUGCAGCUCCUGGAGAAGGGCCGCGAGGCCGACGCGUGCCGCGAGCUCGGGCGCCUCCACAGCGCGCUCCUCACGGCCGCCGGCGGCGUCGAGGAGGUCACGAAGCUCCAGGAGUAUCUGCUAAUGCAUCCAGACCUCACGAAUGUUGAUUCCGAGGUCCUGAAGCGGCGGAUCGCGGACACGGAGGACGUGGUCGCGGCGGUGCUGCGCGACAUCGCGACGCUGCCGUUGCAGGACGUCUGGGCCAAGCUCGCGGACACGCCGGGCCCGGGGAAGCCGGAGGGCGCUGGCGUGUAUCGCGCGAAGCUCCGGCGCGGGCCGCUCGCGCACCGGUACAUGGAGUUCCUCGCGCGGAUGGUUGAGCGCGCGUUCGAGGAGGGGCGGGACGCGCUGGUGACGGAGUGGGCGCUCGAGGCGCGGGAGGUGAUGCAUGACGCGCUUUGCUACCUGGGCCCGUGCGAGCCGGCGCGGUGGCGCAUCGAGGACGCGGUGGAGGCGUCGACGAUGACGCAGGCGCCCGAGGCCGACGUCGAGGAGGCGCGGCGGCGCAAGAAGGCCGCGCAGGGGCUGCAGGGCGGCGACAGCGGCGGCGACGGCGACGCGUUGCCGGAGCUGGACGAGGACGAGGCGGCUGCGGUGCUCCUCGAGGCCAAGCGCCGCGACGCCGCGGCGCGGUUCCUGCAGACGCGCUGCAAGGAGCGCACGUGGUAUCUCAAGAAGCGCAAGGAGGUCCGGGCCCUCAUCGCUGCGUCGCAGCCGUGGCUGUCCCGGAUCAACUGCGUGCUGGGCCUCGUGCGCACGGGCAAGGCGUGCAAGCUCCCGCGCGAGGACUCCGCGCCGCGGCCCGCGCGCGACGACGCGGAGAGCGCGCCGGAGCCCGAGGACGACGCCGAGCAGGACCUGUCGGGUUUCGAAGACACCCCCGGGGGGGGUCCCGGCACGGCCGCGCAGCGCGACGGCGAGGUCCCGGACUCGUUCAAGCACUCGGCGCAGCUCGACGCGGCGCUGUCCGCGCUGCGCUGCUUCUGCCGCGCCGCGGAGCUCGCUGCGCGCUCCCACCGAUGGGACCUGGUCAGCGACACGGUGGGGCACCUGUGGAACUCGCUGCGGCUGCUGCUCGAGGCGCACGGGGCGUCGCUGCAGCGCCCCGCCGCGCGCGCGGUCACGCAGAUGGUGCCGUGGGUGCGUUUCAUGCGCACGCGUCCGCUGCCGCCGGUCGGGGAAGAGUGGACCCCUGAGUGGGAGCAGGCGCACCCGCCGGCGUCGCCGUCCCCGGAGAAGCUCGAGCAGAAAGUCGCGAUCAACGUCGGCAAGGACAACCUCGCGCGCGUGCUCCGCGUGCCCCUUGCGCGCAUGCUCGAUCUGAUUGACCUGCGCGGGACGGGCGGGCUCGCGGAGGGCCUCGCGGUGACGGAGGACGCGGCCGAGGCGAUGCCGUUCGUGCUGUACGGCGCGGAGCCGCCGCGCGCGAGCGCGCCGAUGGACUUCGGGUCGCUGGCGCGCGCGGGAACGCUACGCAACCCCAUGGCUGGCACGGGGUCGGUCGUGCACGACGAGCCCGACGCGGACUCGCCGGACUACGGCGCGGAGGUGCCGAAUCCGUGGUUCUCGACCGCGACGGACGUCGACAUCCACCUCGUCGGCGAGAUCGUCGUCACGACAAUGGUGCUCUUCAAGGCGGCCCAGCGGCACGGGUGGCUGUUCCAGGCGGGCGCGCGGUACCACCGCCUGACGUACGGGCGCUUCGCGGAGGCGGUCAUCCCGCACCUGAUUGCGGUGGCGCCGGUCAUAGGGAAGGAUCUCGUGCCGUGGCGCGGCGCGCUCGAGAGCGCGGUGCGGGACAAGAGCAUCGUGCUGGAGGAGCUCGACAAGACGCGCGCGAGCACGAAGCACCGCAUCGGCGCGCCCGCGGCGUGGGCGAUCGCCAAGCCGAAGCGCUCGGUGAGCAAGCUGCGCCGCACGCAGUCCAACCAGCAGGGCGGCGAGGACGAGUUCUCCGACGCGGCGUCGAUGCGGUCGCUGUCGUCGUCGCGGAGCACGCGCUCCGAGGGCACCGCGACGUCCGGCUCCGCGCUCACCGACGACCUGUACCUGCCGGAACGGUACCGGAAAGCGCUGGACAAGGCCAAGGAGAUGCAGGAGAAGCUGCUGCUCGCGCAGGCGCAGAACGAGCUGGGCGACGUGCACAUACACUUCGGGAAGCGGGACCUGGCGAUGGCGAGCUGGUCGGACUGCCUGGACAGCGUCACGGGCCGGUACGGGUCCUGCAGGGGCGCGGUGUGGCGGAAGCACUUCCGCGGGGUGUCGCCGAAGACGAUCCUGGCCGAGAACACGCUGCAGGUGCUGCUGUUUGCGUUCGUGCCGCUCGGGAAGCUCUGCCGGUACGGGCGCGAGGACGGCGUCGACCUGCGCGCCGAUUGCGGGCACCUCGCGUCGCUCCUGGCGCUGGCGUGCUUCUCCGGCACGUUCACGCACCCGCAGCGGCCCGCGGACUUCGCGGCGUACGUCCCCGUCGAGCUCUGCGAGGGCGACGCCGCGCUGUUCAACAGCCACACGUGUCCCAACGUGACGGACCUGCAGUCCUCGCUGCAGUCGCUCGGCGCCGCGCUGGUGCACUCCGGCGGCGCCCUCGACGCCCUCCCCGUCCUCUCGCUCCUCGACUACGUCUCCACGCGCGUCACGGCCAACGCGGCCACCGCCGUGUAUGCGCGCCUGCUGCGCGCCGAGGCCCUCUGCGACCUCGGUUUCCUCGAGUCCGCGAGCCGCAUGAUGCUCGACCUCAUGCUCGGGCGGAACCUGCCCUCGCGCACGCGCGGCGGCCGCCCGCUCGUCCUCAAGGACGACGACGGCAACCCCAUGCACCUGGAACUCCCCGAGGGGGUGUCUCCGUUCCAGGAGCCCAAGGACGCGUCCGACGAGGGCAACAUGCGGCUGCUCAAGUACGUCGCGGAGUGGCAGCCCGAGAAGGCGCUCCUCGACGUCCUCGGCCCGCACGCCAUGUCAGGCCUGCACCUCGUACGCGCGCGCUUUCUCUAUGCGGUGGGGAUGGUGCCCAACAUGUGGCUGCGGAGCGACUCGGAGACGAGCGCGCGGCUCGCGGCGCCCGUGACGGAGCCGACCGCGGAGAUGGUCGCGCUGCACCUGUCGUCGAAGUGCCUCGGCGCGCUCAUUGCGGAGCAUGUCGUGACGCCCGAGGAGCCGCCGCCGGCCGCGAAGGGCGGCAAGGGCGGCAAGGACGCGGACAAGGGCAAGAAGGGCGCGGACGCGAAGGGCGGCAAGGGCGCCAAGGACGCCAAGGGCGGCGCGAAGGGCGGGGAGAGCAAGCGCGAGGUCGCCGCCGCCGUUUUGCCGCUGCCGGUGCCCCCCGAGGAGUCGGAGCCGCCGCUGGGGACGGCGACGGAGGAGCUGGACAACAGGACGCUGCUGACGCUGUCGCGCGCGUUCCUGCAGCUGGCGAUGGUCCGGAAGAAGCAGUGGCUGUGGCGGCACGCGCUGCGGUACUGUCUCGAGUCCCUGCGCUUCGCGGGGGCGAUGACGCGCGCGGCGUCCGAGGAGCGGCAGGUGAACGCGACGCACGACGCGAUGGAGCGCCGCGCGGCCACGCCGGAGAUGUUCGUCGACGCCUACGCGAUGAUUGUGGACCUGUACCUCUUCCUGGGUCUUCCGCGGCAGUGCAUGGAGACGGCGAGCGCGGCGAACGAGCAGGCGCGCGCCGCGAAGCACUCCGCGGCCGAGGCGCGCUUCCACGGCACCGCGGCGCUCGCCGCCGCGCAGGAGGGCCUCACGCUCUCCGCCCUCUAUGACCUGGAACCCAUCCUCGAGAAACUAUUAGAUCCUAUCUCAGGAACCGCCGUCCCGGCCCGAACCGCCUCGCGCAUCCUCCUCGACGCGGGCUGCCUCUACGAGGGCCUCGGCGCGCAGCAGGACGCCGCCCGGCUGUACGAGGCCGCUGAGGCGCGCCUGCGGGGCGAGAUGCGAGCACUGGGCCUGCACGAGCACCGGGAGCACCCGGAGCUGCGCAACCGCCACCUGGCGUGCGCGGGGGACUUCUGCGAGGCGCUCGUGCGGCACGCGGCGUCGCUGCUGCGCCGCGGCGACUUCGCGGAGGCCUCUGACCUAGCCGAGGAGGCUCUGUCGGCCAUGUCGUUGUACCACAGCAUGCCGCAUUCGAAGGCGCGGGCGGCGCACCUGGCGGGGCGGGCGGCGCGGCACCUCGCGCUGCGCGCGGAGGACCACGAGACGGCGCUGCGGCACCAGAAGGCUGCGUUCGGGCACCUGCAGCGCGCGCUGCGCUGGGCGGUGCUUGACGGCGGGCCUGACUACCGCCUGGCGGCGACGUGCGCGUGCGAGGCGGCGGCGAUGCACCACGUGCGGCAGGACGCCCCGCGGAUGGCCGCGUGCCUUCACAUUGCGGUCGAUAUGUACCAGCGGCACACGAAGCUGUUGAAUCGGCCCAAGGCUGGCGCGGUCGCGGCGGAGCUGGUGCCGGCGUGGGCGCUGGAGCUGACGGAGGGGCGGAAGGAGGCGCUGAAGGGCGUCGCGGACCGCAUGCCGGUCGAGGAGGAGGAGGAGAUGGACGUGUCGACGCAGCUGAGUCACUUGCUGAGGUAUAACCUGACGCAGGCGGCCAUGUCGGGCCCGCUGUCGCGGUCGGACUGCUGGGCGCAGGCGGCGGCGCUGCACGGCGCGCUGCUGACCGGCGGCGACGAGUACGUGCGGAGCUGCGGGCCCAUUGCCGACGGUGCGCUGGACCUCAACCCCGAGAGUCCGGCCGAGGUGCCCGUGGGCACGGCGGUCAUCGCGUGGAUGGAGGAGGAAGGCAGCAACGACUGGCCGCAGAGCUGGCACGAGACGGGCUCGCUGCGGCCGCAGAUCGUGUCCCGCACCGCGACGGACGCCGACGCCGUCAAUCUCCCGAAGCCCGCGCUGUUCUUCACCAUGCUGGUCGUCGUGCACGAGCCAGACGUCCUCGGGAGGCCCACGACGGGCCUCUGCGCGCUCCCGGGCCACCAGGCGCGCGACCUCCACUGGCGCGUCAACAACGUCAUCCGCGAGGUCGAGGCGUUCCAGCCUCCGGAGCCGCUCGAGGGCGAGGAGCCCAUGGCCGCCGGGGAAGACGACCGGCUGCAGGACCUCGUGUGGGACACCAUGGCGGACGUGUCGGACCCGCUGCGGCAGGCAGGGAUGGGCAAGGCGGCGGCCGCAGCGGCGGUGGCCGCGGUGGACGAGCGGCCGAAGGACGCGGGGAUCGAGUCGACGGAGCUGCCGAAGUGGGUGGACGUGGCGACGCUGUCCUUCGUGAAGCAGGCGGUGGACGCGCGUGCGGGCGUGCGGCUCACAGAGAGAGGCCCGCAGCAUGUGCUGCCGUGGCUGGUGUCCGCGAUCGGACAGGCGCCGUGGCCGAUCGGGGACCUCCCGGACGACGACGACUGA